AAUAAUAUUAUAGUCCAUGCACCACUGGAGUGUUGUACUGAUGAUAGUUGUAAUAAUAUUAUAGUCCAUGCAGUGGAGUGUCGAUAGUGGAUAUUUUGCAUGAACAUCGUGUUUUUUGAAAAGCGGCUGCAUUACGCACUCCCUCAAUCUUUUCUUUGUGUUGUAACGUUUAAACGUGUUUACUUGUAAAGUAUAAUACUGAAAGAAAUUAAUUCGGUCCCGCGUGUUGGAAAUAUAUGCGAAAUGGAAAAAAACGACAAAGCAUCGAUUUCACCAUACAACAAUUCCGAUUCGUCUGACGACGAUGAUGAACAACCUGAAAACUUAUCAACUGAAGAGAUAUGUCUUAAAAUAAAGACAUUUCGUAAUUUAUGCCUUGGAAACAAAAUAAAUGUUGGUAACGCAUUUGACAUUAAUAUGAUUGGAUAUUUUUAUUCAUGGCUGGAGAAAAAAAAAAGCUUAAUCUUUGAUGAUGAUAAAGAUAGUACCUCGUUUCAAGAGAUAAGUGACUAUCUUGAAGCCACGGCUAAAGUCUAUUCUUACCGUGUUGACAAUUUGACAGAAACAACUAGUAAAUUAGUUGAACAAUUUAAAUCCAUGAACUACGCAAAAAGUACAACACCAAUAGAUGAUGAAGAUGAUGCACCUAAAAUCCAAAAAUCCAAGAGACAAAAAAUGAUGCUGACUACAAAUGAAAAAUUAAGAGCUGGACCAGACGACAUUAAAAAUACUUUCAAUUCAGAUCUAAUGGAUCAUGCUGGCUUAAAUUUUAAUGAAUUAUUUUUUGUUCAUCGUCCAUCUCGCCUUCUUACAUCAAUGUACCAUGAUACAACUUUGGCAGAAGAAAUGCAAGCUUUUAAAGAUGAACAAAAAAAAUUUGAUGAAAAAGAAAAGGAAACAAUUUCUGUUGAUAUAAGUUUUUUGGAUGAUAUGGAAAAAUUUGCUCAAGGAGUUAUCUGCCCCGAAUUCAAUGGUUUUGUAGCUGAACGUGACAAAGUUGACAAUCAUAAAGAAGACAAUUUAGAUGGUAUUGAGUAUCGCUUUGAUCCUGAUAUUCACCAAUUUCUAAAUGAUUCUGAAGACUCUAUAUGUGGUGAACCAGAUAAUACUGAACUUGAUUCCAAUUCAAAUGAUAAAGAUACAUCAGUAUUUGAUGGACUUGUAGAAUGUAUUGACGGCGUUAACAGCGAUUAUAGCUUAUUUAAUCCUAAGCUUCUUGCUAAAUGGAAUGGACCAAAGGCCUGGAAAGCUCAAGCAAUGAUGAAAGCAUUAAAAUCUUGCACUCCAAGUGAACGAAAAGACAUUGUUUCAAAUGAAGAUGAAAAUAUUGAUGAAUGUACACAGGAAAGUGACGAUCAUAUCCAAACUAAUAAAAAACGCAUUCAAGUUAAGAACAACGAUACAGUACAAAUAAAUUGGUUAGAUAGAAACCAAAUAAAUGAAUUAAUAAAAAAUAACAUUAGAGGUAAAGAACAAAUUUUACCUCGUACACUACAAAAAUGGCAGCCAGUUGACCAUUUAUCUGAUGUACGAACAGUUGUUGUUGAUAUUAAAUAUGAGUUUAAUUUUUUGAAAUAUACUGAAAUUAAACCAGAAUGGUGGGAAAGAAGAAAAAAUUACAGUGCUUCUAAGGAACUAAAAUCUCGUCAGAAUAUCAAUGCUUGUGGUGAAAGCGUUAUAAAAGCAUUAGAAGCUACAGAAAUUGAUAAUGAAGACCCAGAACAGUCAACAAGUAAAAAUGAUGAAGAAUUAAUUACAAACGAUGGAACUGAUGACAAAUUGGAAGUAUCUAAAGAGUUGAACCCUGAAGAUGAAGAUGCUUUUGAUGACCAAUCUGAAUCAAGAAUGGAUAUAGCAGAAUUAAAAAAAGAAAUAUCUGAUAUUAUUGACGAAGAAUGUGUUGAAACUGAUCCCAAUAGUGAAUGGAGUUCAAAGUUAUCAUUUUUAAACUUGCUAACAAAAUUACGAAUUAACGAACGAGAUGGACUUACAAUACCCAUUAUAUUUGUUGGUCUGCUUCAUUUGGCAAAUGAGCGUGGUCUGAAAUUGUUCCAAGAAUAUUGUACCAUUAACGAUAUGGAAGAAACUUUUAUUGCCAAACCAAUGAAAAAUAAUGAAAAAUAAUUUGUGAUGAAGGCCAUUUUAUACGUAUUAUCUAAUAAUCUAACAUUAAUUAUUUUCCUAAAUUACUUUAUAAUACAUUAUCCUUUACUUUUUUACAUUUUAUUUUA